AUGGCACCUACGUGUGCUAUACAAUCUUCAAGGAGAGGGAACGCUGCUCAUGCUCCAUUGCAACAAAAGCAAGCUCCAAAAGCAGCUCCUGGAGAAGCUACAGCUGUCGAUACGACUUUUGUAGGAAUGACGGGAGGUGAAAUCUUCCACGAAAUGAUGCUACGUCAAAAUGUAAAAGUUGUGUUUGGAUACCCAGGUGGUGCCAUUCUGCCAGUAUACGAUGCUAUAUACAAUUCAAAGCACUUUGAUUUCGUACUGCCACGACACGAACAAGGUGGUGGACAUAUGGCACAAGGGUAUGCCAGGGCUUGUGGGAAACCUGGUGUAUUGCUAGUGACAUCUGGCCCAGGUGCUACGAAUACCAUAACUCCCAUGCAAGAUGCAUUGAUGGACGGUACUCCCUUGGUUGUAUUUACAGGUCAGGUUGCUACAGGAGCUAUUGGAACAGAUGCCUUCCAGGAAGCUGACACGAUUGGUAUCUCUCGAUCAUGCACGAAAUGGAAUGCCAUGGUUAUCGAUAUAGCAGAUAUGCCACGAAAAAUAAAUCAGGCCUUUGAGAUCGCUACUACUGGACGUCCAGGUCCUGUCUUGGUCGACCUGCCAAAAGAUGUCACGGCUGGUGUAUUGAAGAAACCCAUCACUGGUGGUAUAAAUGCUGCUCUACCUGGUCGACGACCACCUGCAGGAACAUCAUCUACUGAACCAUCACCCGUUGUUAUGGAAACUAUACGUAGAGCUGCCAAAAUGAUUAAUAAUGCUAAGAAACCACUGUUGUAUGUCGGCCAAGGUGUCUUGUCUCAUCCAGAUGGCCCCAAACUCUUGCGAGAGUUGGCUCAUCGUGGAAACAUCCCUGUCACAACAACUCUACAAGGAUUAGGUGCAUUCGAUGAACUCGACCCACUCUCUCUAUUGAUGUUGGGUAUGCACGGAUCAGCAUACGCCAAUCUGGCCAUGCAAACAUCAGACUGUAUCAUCGCACUAGGAGCACGAUUUGAUGAUCGUGUCACUGGCAACUUGCGUAAAUUCGCACCAGCCGCCAAAAAAGCUGCUCGAGAUGGUAAAGGUGGUAUAAUCCAUUUCGAAAUCAUGCCCAAAAAUAUUGAUAAAGUCGUCGAAGCUACUGAGGCUGUGGAAGGUGAUGUCGUGACGAAUAUGAGACACUUGAUACCACAAAUCCAGAUUGGUAAAGAUCGAGCUGCAUGGUUGGGACAGUUAAACACCUGGAAGUCGAAAUACCCAUUUUCGUACCGCGCUCCAGUCAAUGGCGGUGCAUUGAAACCGCAACGAGUAAUUGAAGAAUUAGAUAUUCAAACUCGUGAUAUAAAAGAUAAAGUCAUCAUUACAACAGGUGUAGGGCAACAUCAAAUGUGGGCCGCUCAAUACUAUAGAUGGAGAUCACCACGAACAUUUAUCACUUCUGGUGGAUUGGGUACUAUGGGAUUCGGACUACCUUCCGCUAUUGGCGCCAAAGUCGCACACCCCGAUAAAAUAGUUAUUGAUAUUGAUGGUGAUGCUUCCUUCUCCAUGACUGGAAUGGAAUUGAUGACGGCUAGACAAUUUGAUAUCCCCGUGAAAGCCUUGAUUCUCAAUAACGAUUUCCAGGGUAUGGUCAAGCAAUGGCAAGAUCUCUUUUACGAUCAACGAUACUCUGGUACAAAGAUGAGGAAUCCGGACUUUGUCAAGUUUGCUGAGUCUAUGGGCUGUGUCGGUCUACGAGUUCGUACCGAAGAAGAACUACCACGUGUCAUGGCAGAGUUCUUGGCUUGUAAAGAACCCGUCCUCUUGGAUGCAAUGGUUGAAAAGAAUGAACACGUCUUGCCUAUGGUUCCAGCCGGCAAAGCUCUUCAUGAAAUGGAAUUGGGCGAUAUUGUCUUGGAAGAAACCAAUGUCAUACCCAGUUGGUCUGAACCCAUAUACAGGCGGUAA